CCCAGCAGAGGCGAUGCUCAACAGGGCUUGGCUGACUUCACAUCAGAAACACCCAGGAGAAGGAGAGAGACCAUCGCCACUCACCUGAGCAGUCUCAGCCCAAGGACCAGCGCAGAACAGAAAACUCUUCAAGUCUAGCCCACUGGUGAGAAGAAGCCUGAAGUCAUGAUUGCUUCACAGAUUCUCUCCACUCUCACUUUUGUGCUCCUCCUUAGAGAGAGCGCAGCCUGGACUUACAGUGUGUCCAGGAGAAGGAUGAAUUAUGACGAGGCCAGCGCUUACUGUCAGCAGAGGUACACACAUCUGGUCGCAAUUCAAAACAAGGAGGAGAUCGAGUACCUGAACGCCACGUUGAGCUAUUCUCCAAGUUACUACUGGAUCGGAAUCAGAAAGGUCAAUGGCGUGUGGGUCUGGGUGGGGACCCAGAAGCCCCUGACCGAAGAAGCCGAGAACUGGGCUCCAGGAGAACCAAACAACAAGCAGAACAACGAGGACUGCGUGGAGAUCUACAUCAAGAGACCAGAAGGUUCCGGCAUGUGGAACGAUGAGAGAUGCAGCAAGAGGAAGCUCGCGCUGUGCUACACAGCUGCCUGCACCCAGGCCUCCUGCAGUGGCCAUGGCGAGUGUAUAGAGACCGUCAACAACUACACCUGCAGGUGCCAGCCCGGCUUCCGUGGACUCGAGUGUGAGCAAGUUGUGACCUGUGAAGCACAGAAGGACCCUGAGCAUGGAAGGUUGGAUUGCACUGCACCCUUUGGGACCUUCAGCUACAGUUCCUCCUGCUCCGUCAGCUGCGAUGAGGGCUACCUGCCAAGCAGCACGGAGACCAGCCGGUGUACGUCCUCUGGGGAAUGGAGUGCUCCUCCUCCCACCUGCAAAGCUGUGCAGUGUGCUGCUCUCUCUGCGCCCCGGAAUGGCUCUGUGAGGUGCACUCCUUCCCCCACUGGGAAGUUCCCCUACAAGUCCUCUUGCACCUUCCACUGUGAGGACGGCUUUGACCUACACGGAUCAGCUCAGCUGGAGUGCACAUCUCAGGGACAGUGGACACACGAGGUCCCCUCCUGCCAAGUGGUGCAGUGCUCAAGCCUGGCAGCUCCAGGAAAGGUCAACGUGAGCUGCAGUGGAGAGCCUGUGGCUGGCACUGUGUGUGAGUUUGCGUGUCCCGAAGGCUGGACGCUCAAUGGCUCUGCGGCUCUGACGUGUGGUGCCACAGGACACUGGUCUGGGACGCUGCCUACCUGUGAAGCUCUGCCCGAGUCCAGCAUUCCCUUGGCAGCUGGACUUUCUGCUGCAGGAAUCUCUCUCCUGACAGUGACAUCAGUUCUCCUCUGGCUUCUGAAAAACUUUCGGAAAAAAGCAAGGAAAUUUGUCCCUGCUAGCAGCUGCCAAAGCCUGGAAUCCUAUGGAAACUACCAGAUGCCUUCAGACUCCAUCUAAGCUCAAAGGACUCUGGUGAGACUUGAACCCUGGUGCAUCCUGGGAACUAGAGUGACUCACUGAAGACAACAGAGCUGUCCUGGGCCCCUGGCCUUCCCGGACAUUGUACCUGUGCCUUGACAGCUGGGACCACGACUUCAGUGGAUGAGAGUUCAGAGCCAAGGACAGCCUUCCACUAAAAGACACAACGCAGAAGAAAGUCUUCUGUUUCCUAUUCCCAGGAUAGAAAGUGCUGGCCACUGAGGAGAGAGGAUCGUCUUCAAAGCAAGUUGAAGAGACCAAAGCUCCGGACUCUCCAGAAUUCCUCUCCUAACUCUCCCUGGAGGCUCUGAAUCUCAGUGGAGAAACAAUGUUUCCUGGCUGUUUCUCUUUAGCCCCUCACAGUGUUGCAACUGCUAGUUACAGAAUUGCCUUCAGAGGGGUACAUAAUAAUUAUCAGCAGUUUACAGGAAACCAAUUAGCCAUAGAUAUUUUACUUCUAACUUAAAACAAAACAUACAAAUAACAAAAAAAAAAAAAAAAAAAAAAAAAAAAAAAACGAAUUUUAAUGCCCAGAGAUGACUGCAUAGGAGUUUGUUCCUGGUGCAAGGUGCAAAUCCUACUUAAUGCUCAGUGCAAGGAUCACCAAGCACCGUCUUAAUCAUGUUUACCUCUACAGAACUCAGUGCUUUUAAAGUGUUCUUAAAGGUUGUGCUCAUUCUACUCACCUUGAAUAUAGCAUAAUCUUCCAGAAUUAAUUCAGUACAAAAGUUAAAGGUACUUGAAAAAUUUGUAAAUGCCGUUGACUAUGAUAGGGUAAAAGUUAUUGCUCCUAGAUCAUCACCUUCUUAUUUAUUAACAAAUUUGAAUGCUAUACCUGCAGUAGAUUUAUAUCAAAUAAUAAAAUACAUGAUCAGGGUGACGUUCUGAGAAUUUUACUACAGUUUUUUUAAAACAUGGUACUAUGAAGAGAGUAAAAGCUGAACAAAGGGUUUGUAUUUCAUUACCACAUUUUUCACAUAUUUUUGCUUUCUUAUGUUGAAAAACUUCUAUGAGGCCAAAUAUUCCAAUUUGGUAAAAGCAUCCAUGCAAACCAAUGAAUGUAUAAUUUUGUGACUUCCUUUGUAAAACAGUAAUGUAGACAUAUGAAUGUGCUUUGCCUUCCUACAAAAGUGUUUGUCAGAUGUAAACAUGUAAUUAUUUUGUACUACUUUAAGGUUUCAAAUACAUAAGAAUUAAUCAUGUAAAGCACCACCUGUGGAUUUUCAAAGAGCAGAUGUCUAAUGAUUAUUUCUUGGUUGUAGUAUUCAGUGCUAGGUGUCUUGGAGAGGGGGCAGUUUGUGUGUGUGAGCAAUGUUUCCAAGGAGAGUUUAAAACUCCUAAGGAACUUCCAGGUAUUACCGACGAUGAGACAUUCCUGGUCCAUAAGUGUCCAAGUUGCCCACACCAAAGCUUUCCCACAUUUCCUUUAACUUAACAUGUUGAAAAAGAAAUUUUCAAGUAAGUGCUGACUGACUAUAGUCAGUGGCAGAACCAGCAGUAACCAGGGAGAUGUGAGAAGGAUGAGAAAGCAGCAGUUUCUUAAGGGGCAGAAGGACUCAGGGGAGGGGGGACUAUUGUGAUCAGAUUACAUAUGGAAAGAGUUAUUAUUUUCUCUGAAAUUGCUCAAAAGUUGUAAAUAUUUAUAUAUCUGCAUUAUAAAUAACUGCAUGAAACAUAAAUGUGGUCUGUGUUUGGGUUCUGUAUGUUUUACAUUAUGAUUUAAAAAUAUUUAACAGUUUUAAAGUAUGUAUUUAUUUUAGGUUUUGUCAGCUUUAUUAUACUUGACAUGGCAUUACAAAGUUUGACAAUAAAUAUGUGUAUGUUUA